AUGUCUAGAUUGCAGACAGAUAUCAGAAACACAGAACAUGCUAUUACCAAGGUCAAAGGUCAAGCAGUGCAUGUUGCUGUGAUCGUUGACGAGGGAUCUGAUGAGGACAUCGAUGAUGAAGACAUGGACGCUGACCUUGGGAUGGAUCCGAGUCAGCUGGCCGUCUUCACCUCCACCAACCUCUGGACGACGCCCACCCAGUCCAACGACGUCAUCAUCGUACCCCUCAAGGAGGAGUACCCCAGCAAACGCAAGCGGGAACUCUUCACUGACCCCUCCAUCUUCCGCCAAAUAGAUGCCCAUGGUUUAAAGCUGGCCCAGACUGUGAGCCUCGUCUGCCAGCCGUCCUUCUCUGCUCUGGUCAACGAGCUGACCGAGUUUGGAACCACCGAGCUGCAGAAGGUGCGCCUGAUCUCCCGCUGGCUGACCGCCCAGAACUGUGACGAGAUGGACUUGAAUGAUGUCAUCGACGACACCCCGCUGGGGGUCUUGAAAGGGCUCUACCAUAAGAAGAUCACCUUCUCAACGCUCUUCAUGAGGAUGUGCAGGUACAUUGGACUUCAGUGUGUAGAGAUAUGUGGAAUUGCAAAGGUCAAAGGUUACCGUGCCGGUCAGUUCAUUUCACCCAAGGACCCAGAGGUCCAGCACACCUGGAACUCUGUCCGCAUCGAUGGAUUCUGGCACUUUAUCGACUGCAAUUGGGGUGUGUCCCACAUCGCAGGCUCCAUGGCCUAUGACCCCUUCCGCUUCGAGUACGACGAGCACUACUUCCUGGCCGACCCGGAUGUGAUCAUCUUGAGUCAUUUCCCAAAUGACCCUGCAUGGCAGCUGCUUGAAUCGCCAUUGUCUCUGGAUGACUUCAAUGUCCAGGUUCUUCUGAAGCCGGACUUCUUCCAGUUUGGUUUCAGUCUGAGGAGCCAUAAGAAUGUGAUUAUUGAUGUUCCCAACGGAGAUCUGAACGUCCAGAUCCAUUGUCCAGCAGGAUUCAUUCUCUCCUGUCGAUUGUCCACCGUUGACGGUGACCGUGAUGUAGCGGUCAGUGGUGUGCCCUUUGACCUUUACGAGUUCAUCCAUCAGGUCGGUGACGAGUUGAUGGCAUGCUAUGUACGAAUCCCGGAGGCGGGACAGUUCAACCUGACUAUGUAUGCCCGGAGGCAGUACCUGGACGGGGAGCUCAAUAUAGAAAGCUACACUGAAAUCUGCCGGUAUCUCGUUCGAUGCCAUGCCCCAAGCCGAGAUAAUGUGCCUCUCCCAUAUUCUCCAGCUGACCACUGGGGCCCCAUCGGUACGAUGAGUGCCGGACUGGUCCCUAUUUCACACACAUCAGGUGUGGUCGUGUCCAACGAUGGCAGCGAGUUCAACAUCCGCUUCAAGAUGACGCAGCCAUUGAGAUUCACACACACCCUGACGAGCUACGGUGUGGACGAUCGCCAGCUUGUGCCUUACACCAUGCAGCGUGUCGUAGACGAAGAGCUCGUAUUCACAGUGACGCCACCAAGGACGGAACGAUAUGCCCUUCACAUAUACGUCCACUACUCUGGUCUACCCAAGCCCUCUCACCUCUGCAGCUACUUACUCGUUGCGCAUCAAGUGCGUCAGACUGUCCAACCAAUGCCGAGGCCCGAAGGCGAUGUCUGGGGCGCUACCUCGGCCUUCCAGUCGCUUGGACUCACUACUUUCACCAAUGCCGAUGCGCUCAUCGUGACCAGGGAUCCAGCGACAGAGAUCAUCAUCGGCACUCAGGCUCGCAUCUUAAUGAGUCACGAGAUGACCUGUAACGGAAGGGAUAUGACGCAGAGCGCUCAGCCGCAGUUUGGCGAAGGCUUCGUCACUUUCGUGCUGCAGCUACCUUACAGCGGAUACUACUACUUUAAGCUGAUGGGAAAAGACACAAAUGAUCCGUCCAUUCCAAACUCUCUCCUUUUCAAUUAUCUCAUCAGAAGAGACUAAGGCUUAUAGUCAUGAAGAUAAGGGUUUGGUCACACCUCACCUAUAAUGAUAACCGUAAUCUUUAUGCAUGUACAGUCAAACCUGUCUAUAGCGACCGCCCAAGGGAAACACAAAAAGUGGU